ACCCCAAACCUUCGUUCACUUAACUGGCGCCUCGAAAAUUCAAAAGUUUCCGAGCUUCCUUCAUCAUACUUCAACACUUUUGUGCCCGACGGUUUCCCUCACCGAUCCUACCCUUUUCAUCGUCGCGAUUCCCUCAAUUCUUGAACCAUUAUUCUUUUUUUAAGAUACCCUUACUGUUCUCGUUGUUGAACCGCACCUUGACCCGUCUCUCGUUCUGGUCGAGCCACUUUGCUGGCAUUUAAGCUACGAUCACGCACACGCGCAUCGUCUACGAAUCGUCUACAAUUUCCAUUCUUCAAUUCUCGAUUCCGUGCACAAACCUCACGAUCGUCGCCGGUGAUAUAAUUCUACCAUCGCCAAUAGACAUUAUCCUUCAACUGCGGAGCACCACCUCAUGGCAUCCCGUAGUUACCAGAACCAGGGCUAUAUGCCCAACGGCGCUACUAGUAGCCACCCGAACGCUGGCCAGCCAGCUCCCGGCGCUGUUCCUCUUCUCCCGAACCAAGGACGAGUCAUCCAAUCCGGACCUAUUCGAGUUCUGUGCAUAGCAGACGUUCGAGGUAAUCUACGAUCCUUGAACGAGCUGGCGAAGACUGCACGAGCGGACCAUAUCAUUCAUACUGGCGACUUUGGUUUCUACGAUGAUACGUCAUUAGAGCGCAUUGCGGAGAAGACCCUAAAGCACGUUGCACAGUACUCACCAUUAAUCAACGAGGAAGUCAAGAAGGCCAUUGGCCAAGGUGGGCCAGGCUCUGUCAAGACUCGAUUCCCUCCGCAAGAACUUCCUCUCUCUGAGUUGCCACUACUCAUCAGCGGCCAAGUCAAACUCGAUGUUCCAGUUUACACAGUUUGGGGCGCUUGUGAGGAUGUCCGAGUGCUAGAGAAGUUUAGAUCGGGAGAGUACAAGGUGCACAACUUGCACAUUAUCGAUGAAGCGCGAUCGAUGUUGUUGGAGAUUGGCGGCGUCAAGUUGCGACUGCUUGGACUUGGUGGAGCUGUUGUCAUGCACAAGCUAUUUGACAAUGGUGAAGGUCGAACCACUAUUGCCGGUGGUCAAGGUACUAUGUGGACCACACUGCUUCAGAUGGGAGAAUUGGUCGAUACCGCCAAUCGUGUCUACGACCCGACCGAGACGCGCAUAUUCGUUACUCACGCUUCACCUGCCCGUGAGGGUAUUCUAAACCAAUUAUCUGUCAGCCUCAAGGCAGACUUUUCUAUUUCAGCAGGCUUGCAUUUCCGGUAUGGAAGCUCUUACAACGAAUUCAGCGUUAAUCCAACACUGGAUCAUUACCGUGGUAAGCUUGCCGCUUCCAAAGCAUCGUUCAACGAUGUCUGGGAGACGGUGAAGGGGGAAGUUGAGCCUGCUAUCCAGCAGAAUGAAGCUCAACAGAAUCUGCUUCGAAAUGCACUGGAGUUGGUUGAUAAAAUGCCUCGUACCGCUGCUGGUGGAAAUCCCUUUGGUGGCCCUGUGACUGGCCCUGGGGCUCAAGGUCAAGUGGACGAGAGUGCGUUCAAGAAUAUGUGGAACUUCAACUUGGCGGAUGCUGCAUUCGGUUGGCUUGUUUUGGAGAUCCAAGACGGUCGUAUCGGCACAGAGAUGCGCGCUCAAGGUUUCAACUUCUCUCACCGAGGAGCUAAGCAACAGACCGUCCCCCAAAGUACCCCGUCACCGGCUCCCGGCUUAGCCCCAGCAGCUCCAGCAGCUUCUGUACCCCCAGCAACGACGUCUACCCCUGGAAUUUCUGGCCCGCAGAGAAUCCCCUCAGCCGCAGGACAACAAGUCAAGUCUAAUACUGCCACUCCGUUAUUACCCCCUAAAUCCGCUACCCCGAAGCCGACUUCCUCAUCUCCGGCUCCUAGCGCGGCCGCCGGCAAGGAGAAUGAGAAGCCCGCAGGUGCCAACGGCUCAACUAACGGGCCGGAUACUGUCCCAUCACCCGCGCCCCGCACUCCUGCCGACAGUAUCAUCGGCCUCUUUGUGAUGAAUGUGCAAAGCGACGAACAGGCUCGUGAAAUCUUCCCCGAAGAACACAAGGUGAAGAUUGCCAAGAUUGAGAAAUGGGGGAAUAACUCGAACAAUAAGGUUGUUCACUUCCACACCGUGGAGGAUCGGGAGGUUGCGUAUACCAGUCUCUCUGACGAGUUCAAGGUCCGUCAUUCUGAAGAUCGUUCUCGUCCCUUGGUAAAGAUCUUCCAGCCUCGCGAGAGCAAGCAGAUCUUUGGAGGACGAGGAGCCGGCACCUGGGGAACUGGUCGUGGUCGGGAUAACGCUAGCGGAUAUCGCAGUGCUGGUGACCGUGGCGCCCUUAGUGGUGGCGAAAGCGGACCGGAAACUGGUCGUCAACGCGGCCGAGGAGGGGCGCGAGGUGGUAGAGGUGAUCGAGGGGGUAGAGGCGGACGUGGCGGUCGUGGAGGUAUGGGCAAGGGUGAGGGCGGAACUGCCUCCCCAGCUCCCGCUGGCGACUCGUAGACAACCCGUCGACUUCGCCCCCUACUCUAUCGCCCAUAUACAUUCUACUAAUGACCUCGCGUGAGACCGCGCGAAUUUUUGCUUGUUCUGUGGCACUACGCCACGAAACAACUUUCUCGUCGAUUUUUUUUUACCAGGUGGAGUUCAGAGAUUCUGCCGGCCUGCGAAGGAAGUUUUUUUUAGGGGAAAAAACGUAAGGGGGACUCUGUCAUAUGGUCGGACGGACGUGGAUUCGGUUUACGCGAUAGCUCAUCGGCUGAAGCCACUAUUCUCUCGGGUUGUGCCAGUUAUCUGUUUUCGCAACCAUCGCAGGCAAAAGGGGAUCGGUGUGUUUCUUGUGACCUAUUUUUUCCGAUAACCCGGACCGUACUGGACGGGAAUCAUUGAGAUAGGUUCUGGCCAAUGCAACCGUACGAAUGGAUUAUUGAGAAACCUG